CCUUCCUCGGUUCCUGGCCUGAGAGCUUAUAGAGAGAUCUUACUCCGUGGUCAGUCACACCACCUGAACUUUAUGUCUAGCAGCUAAACGUACACCGGGUAUGUCCACAGCUCACAUCGGUGGCAUUUUGGGAUUGUGGAUUUCUAUAUGCGAAGCCGGGCCAAGGAAGUACACUCAGGUUGCCAUUCUCGAAUGGAGCAAAUGGUAUAAGGUGCCCAGCAACAACCAUGGACGAUUUCAACCUUCACUGCCAACACAUAGUUCAAAUGAGAGAAUCAUCUUUGAAGUGAUACGCGUCCCAGCCAGAGCUGAUGAGUGGGUUUCCUAGUGCCCGCGUUUUAGCGUACAAGGAUUCAGUUGUCC